CCAAAUUGCAAUACAUUUGAACUUCUGAAAACUUUGGGUAUUACGGUGACGAAACAUAUCCGACGUGGCUCUUUAAGGUUGGGUGUUGUACCAACCAUCGCUUAGACCGCAAGUAGGUACAAGAAAUUCCAGUAACGCUGUUCCCAAUUUACACUUUUUCCCCAGAGAUUCAUCGGCAAAUAACGUGUGCGCGCGAAAAAGCUUAUGAUAAGAGAAUUUUGCUAAAAAUGGUGGGCAGAAAUUUCUGAAAAAUUCUGCAGAAAUGGCGUUAAUGUCUUUGUCGAUGUUAAACGGCGAGAGAGCUGUCGUUUUACUCGUCCUCAUACGCAUCCUUUCCUCCACCUCUUUCUCUCUCCUCUUCAUUGAGUCUCUCGCUCUCUGUCUCCUCGCUUUCGCCGCUUUCUUCGUCGAGAUCUCCGUCGAAAAUUCCAUCAAUUCCACCACCAAAUUCACUGCUAGGCCAGGUGCUUCAUCGGGAAUACUGCUUGGAGCAGUUACGUUGCCUGCUUUGGUAUUCUCUAAAUUGAUACAGCUAUCAAGAGGAUUUCUAUUAGCAGAAGUUGCACUUGAAGAAUUUCAGUAUCAGAAGUUUCUAUAUUGGACUACUUAUAUUAGCUGCUUCAGUGUACUACUGUUCCUCCGUCUGGUCAUUCAGCAUCCAAGUAGCAGCAGAUUUGUAGUGAAGUGUGGCUUCACAUUUGUAAUGUUGGGUGCACUAGUGUACUUGAUUCUCCCACUUGAUAGCUCUAAUGAUGGUAUGUCGGGUUUGCUCGUGGCACUGGUAUUUCUGUGGAUGUUUGGUCAUGGAAUAGCCGCAGUGAAGUUGAUUCAGCACAUUCUUUGCACUUUUCCGUCUUGUGCCUCCAUAGGAGAAGCACUUUUGAUGACUUGUGGUCUUACUACAUAUUUUGGAGACAUGCUUAGGUCUACUCUUGUCAAGAUUGUGCAAUGUUUGACAUCAUUAGAAGUUCACAUGCGGUAUAGCAUUAAAAGAAGUGAGAUUAGCACCAUCAUUCAGGGUUACCUGCUUGGUCUCCUCCUGUUUCCUUUACUUUUCAAAUUUAUUGUUCAAAUUGUUGGUCGCUUCUCUAGUUCAAGCUCUUAUAAUGCAAAGAUCUGGAAUGAGAGUGGGCGAUCUGUCGUUUUCUUCACUUUGCUUGCUGUGAGUUCAGCUGCAAUUAUUCCUCUGUGGCUGCAGUUUGUUCAAGAUUUUCAAGAGCAUCCUUUGUGGUGGGUACUCAAAUUUGUGUUCUCUGAGCCAUAUAAGAGAUUAUCCUUGUGCAUCUACUGGGUCGGCGUAAUUUGUGUCUCUGUGCAUCGGUUCUAUAACAUUUCAAAGAGCAGUAAGGUGGAGAGAAUCCUCCUUCGGAAGUAUUAUCAUCUUAUGGCUGUUUCUAUGUUUGUUCCUGCUCUUAUUCUUCAGCCAAAUUUUCUUAAUCUUGCAUUUGGUGCGGCUUUGGCAGCUUUCUUAGUUCUGGAAAUUAUUCGAGUAUGGAGAAUUUGGCCAUUAGGGGAAAUGAUCCAUCAUUUUAUGAAUGCUUUUACAGACCAUCGUGACUCUGAUCUUCUUAUUGUGAGCCACUUUUCUCUCUUAUUGGGAUGUGCAUUGCCUAUAUGGAUUUCCUCUGGAUUUAACGAUCGUCCACUUGCACCCUUUGCUGGCAUUUUGAGCCUUGGAAUUGGAGAUACUAUGGCAUCAAUGGUUGGCUAUAAGUAUGGUGUCCUGAGGUGGAGCAAGACUGGCAAGAAAACCAUUGAAGGGACUGCUGCUGGUAUAACUUCAGUGAUGGCAGCAUGUUCUUUCCUCCUUCCACUUCUUGCAUCUACUGGAUACAUACAGAAUUGGACCUCACUUCUCUUGGCAGUGAUAGCAAGUGGCUUGCUUGAGGCUUAUACAGCUCAACUUGACAAUGCGUUCAUUCCUUUGGUCUUCUACUCUCUAUUGUGCCUGUAAUUUGAUGGUAACGCUAAGUCCACAUGGACGACAUUUAGGCAUUUUGUCGGACCCUUCUACGACUUGCCAUGGGAGCACCUUUUUUGUAUAUAGAGUAAUCUGCUCUUUCAUUAACAACAAAGUUAAAUAUAGCUGCCUCGCUAAUUCAUUCUGGAAACAGAUCAGUACAAGUUGUUCAGUGUUCACCAUAGAGCUAGAGAUACCUUUUUCAAAUAUGUGGAAAGCUUCGAAAUGCUCAAGACUUCGUUUGGUAUAAGAUGAGCCCUUUCAUGUAUGUAUGUGUAAGAAAUAACACGCAAUUCCAUUAGCUUUAGAAUCCAUUUUUUUUUCAUACUUGUGUAUAACAAAUAACAAGAAUAUCCACUACUACUAUCCAUUCUUUUGUUUGUUUUAUUUUUUUUA